AUGUUCCCGGCUCAGGACGCUCUGCCCCGCGGCGGGCCCAGCCUGAAGGAAGAGCCGCUGCUGCCAGCUGGCCUCGGCUCGGUGCGCUCCUGGAUGCAGGGCGCGGGCAUCCUGGACGCCAGUACCGCGGCGCAGAGUGGUGUGGGCCUGGCACGAGCACAUUUUGAGAAGCAGCCCCCCUCCAACCUCAGGAAAUCCAACUUCUUCCACUUCGUGCUGGCCAUGUAUGACCGGCAGGGGCAGCCUGUGGAGGUGGAGCGCACAGCCUUCAUUGACUUUGUGGAGAAGGACCGAGAACAUGGAGCUGAAAAGACAAACAACGGGAUCCAUUACCGCCUCCGGCUGGUGUACAACAAUGGACUUCGGACAGAACAAGACCUCUACGUGCGCCUCAUUGACUCCAUGUCCAAGCAGGCCAUCAUCUAUGAGGGGCAGGACAAGAACCCAGAGAUGUGCCGAGUGCUGCUCACCCACGAGAUCAUGUGCAGCCGGUGCUGUGACCGGAAGAGCUGUGGCAACAGGAAUGAGACACCCUCAGACCCUGUGAUUAUUGACAGGUUCUUUCUCAAGUUCUUCCUCAAAUGCAACCAGAACUGCCUAAAGAAUGCAGGGAACCCCCGAGACAUGCGCCGCUUCCAGGUGGUGGUGUCCACGACGGUGAGCGUGGACGGACACGUGCUGGCGGUGUCGGACAACAUGUUUGUGCACAACAACUCCAAGCACGGUCGCAGGGCGCGCCGCCUGGACCCCUCCGAAGCUGCCACCCCCUGCAUCAAAGCCAUCAGCCCCGGGGAGGGCUGGACCACGGGCGGCGCCACCGUCAUUGUCAUCGGUGACAACUUCUUCGACGGGCUGCAGGUCGUGUUCGGGAACGUGCUCGUGUGGAGCGAGCUCAUCACGCCCCACGCCAUCCGUGUGCAGACGCCCCCACGGCACAUCCCAGGGGUGGUAGAGGUGACGCUGUCUUACAAGUCCAAGCAGUUUUGCAAGGGAGCCCCCGGCCGCUUUGUCUACACAGCUCUGAAUGAGCCCACCAUUGACUACGGAUUCCAGAGGCUACAGAAAGUCAUUCCCAGACACCCUGGAGACCCGGAGAGGUUGCCCAAGGAAGUGCUGCUGAAGCGGGCGGCCGACUUGGCGGAGGCGCUGUACGGAGUGCCCAGCGGUAACCAGGACCUCCUCCUGAAGCGCGCGGCCGACGUGGCCGAGGCUCUGUACAGCGCCCCCCGGGCGCCCGCGCCUCUCGGACCCCUGGCCCCGAGCCACCCGCAUCCUUCCGUCGUGGGCAUCAACGCCUUCAGUAGCCCGCUGGCCAUUGCCGUCGGGGACGCCACGUCGGGGCCCCAGCCGGGCUACGCGCGCAGCUGCAGCAGCGCGUCUCCCCACGGGUUCGCGCCCAGCCCCAGCUCGCAGCAGAGCGGCUACGGCGGCCUCGGGGCUGGCCUCGGCGGCUACGGGGCGCCGAGCGUGGCCGGCCUCGGCGUGCCCGGGUCCCCUAGCUUCCUCAAUGGCUCCACCGCCACCUCGCCCUUCGCCAAGGAGCGCCUUCGCCCCUGUGCUGCGCCCACCUGGCUCCCCACCCCAGGCCUGCCCCAGAGCCCACGGAGAGGGACUUCCAGGUGA